AGGGACGUGGUGUUUGCGGACAAAAAAUGGAGAGAUAGAGAAGAAGAGGGAAGAAAAAGAGAAAAUGGGGGCGGAGAAAGCCAGAAGAAGGUUAAAGAAAAACAAAGGAAUUUGAAUGUGAAUAUAGGCAAAAACACGGCCACAUAGAAGGCAUCGGUGACCAAAGUUAGCAAAUAUCGCCAACCCAAAAUAAAGACAGUACAGUGACUCGUGGCUGUACCGCCUGCCCAGAGAUGAUGAAAUAGUACUACUGCUGUGUCCAAAAGGAGGCACAAAUCCACCCUCUCCCUCCAUCCCACACACGCACACACAUACACAGAGUUUCUCAGAGCACGCUCUACAGCUGUACAACCACCGUACCUCCACCCUCCCAGUGCAAUUGAAUACUCGCUGCAGCUCCACAAGCUCCACCCCAUCUCUCAUCUCUCCCCCCAGAGCACUUAAAAAAAGGAAAAAGAGAAAAAGAAAGAAACAGAUAAUAAUUAAACGUUACAUGUUCAUUAUUAUUUAGUUGAUAAAGUUUGUUGUAGAGAGUGGCGGAGGAAGUGGGUGAAAUUUUAGGUUGCGCCACAUUGCACGUUCUUUAGGUGGAUUCAAGACACCUGAUUGUCAAGGCCUCUCUCUGCCUCCUUUUUGUCUUCUUCUACCGGCUAUAGACGACUGUACUCUUCUUCUUCAUUUCCUUGUGUUUUUAUUUUGCCUACCUCCUCCUACAUUCCUAUCUCCAUAGAAAAAGAAAAAAAACACAGAGAUUCAGAGAUGGUUAAGGGUAACGUUAUUUGUGAAGUUGAGGGGUCGAGCAACGAUGUUCUUGUUGAGACCAAAAACUGUAUCGACGAUGGCUUGCCUCCUAACAACCACCACGGUGAUAAAGAUGAUUUAUACACUGAACUGUGGCAUUCAUGUGCUGGUCCCCUUGCUUAUGUACCUCGCGCUGGGGAGAAGGUUGUCUACUUCCCUCAAGGUCACAUGGAACAGGUUGAGGCAUACAUGAACCAAGAUGGUCCAAUGGAAAUGCCUAUCUACAAUUUACCCUCCAAGAUAAUCUGCAAGGUUGUCUAUGUGCAACUAAAGGCUGAAGCUGCAACGGAUGAGGUGUUUGCUCAAAUAACUUUGCUUCCCGAGGUGCAGCAAGAUGGGCUAACGUCAAAGGAUGAGGAAAAUUCCCAGCCUUUACCUCGCAAAGCUUCUGCGUUAUCCUUUAGUAAGAAACUCACAUCAUCUGACACAAGCACGCAUGGUGGAUUCUCAGUUCUAAAGCGACAUGCUGAGGAGUGUCUUCCACCCAUGGAUAUGUCUCAAGAUCCCCCAGAGCAGAAACUUUUUGCGAAAGACUUGCAUGGUUCAGAAUGGUGCUUUCGUCAUGUGUAUCGGGGUCAACCAAAGAGGCACUUGCUUACUACUGGUUGGAGCACAUUUGUUACUUCAAAAAAACUUGUUGCUGGGGAUGAAUUUAUCUUCCUUAGAGGAGAAAAUGGGGAACUUCGCAUUGGCGUCCGUCGUGCUUUGAAAUUACAGAACAAUGUAUCAACUACUGUCAUCUCUGCACACAGCAUGCAACAUGGCAUUUUGGCCACUGCCUUCCAUGCCAUUAACACUGGAACAAUGUUUACAGUCUACUACCGUCCUUGGACAAGUCCCUCUGAAUUUAUCAUUCCUUUUGAUCGAUAUAUGAAAUCAGCUGAAAUCGACUUUAAUGUUGGGACAAGGUUCAGAAUGCUCUUUGAAGGAGAAGAAUGUCCAGAGAAGAGGAUUGAGAGAUUUGAAGGCACAAUCAUUAGCAAUGAAGAUGUGGAUCACAUUCGAUGGCCCAUUUCAGAAUGGAGAAAUUUUAAGGUUAAAUGGGAUCCCACAUCAGAUGGAUUUGAACGUCCAGAAAGAGUUUCUUCAUGGAAUAUCGAGCCUAUAGAACCUGUGAAAAGAAAGCGCAUUUAUCUUCAACACCCAUCAAAGAGGUCGCGAGCAAUGGAUGCAUCAUUGUCUGUGUUUCCUAGGAUGGUCAAGGAUGGCUUAUUUCAUGGUCCUGUUGAGCAUGCAACCCACAACCACUCUGAGGUCUUUCAAGGUCAAGAAAAGUGGGACACGGGUGUUCAGAAAAUGGGUGCACUCAAAACACCACUAUCACAUUUGAUUCCUCAGAAUCCUAGUUCAAACAACAAAGCAGUGGGAUUAGGGAAUCAGCUGCAAUUUUCAGUGCAUGUCCCAUUUUUCCCGUGUCCCAGUGGUACUGUAUUAUUUCCUGGUGGAAACAUAGAAAGGUUGGGUCUCCCUAAUUGCUAUUGCCCUGUCCUCAGCUCUUAUGGAGAUCCCGAAAACACCACAAGAAGCAGAAACCUGUCAGUCCCAAGAGCCAACUCUUACAAUUCUGGGCUUCAGGACUUGGGAACUUCAGAACUGAAGGAUGCAAAUGAAGUUCAAAAUGCACCACCAAAUGGUGGCGGCAGGUACAUGCUUUUCGGAGUCGAUUUAGUUAAAAGUCCACAGGAGCUCCCUUCACCACAAGUUGCCACAUAUAGUGACCAUGAAAGCCUUUAUUCUGUUCCCCCAAUGUCCCAGUCCAGCGUUUCAGAACCAUCCAAGAGUAUAUCUGGCGUUAACUCAGAAAAUCAAUGCAAGAAUUGUUGUUCUGCAACCAAUCAGUAUUGCACGAAGGUCCUCAAAUAUGGAGCUGCUGGAAGAUCAGUUGACCUGAGUCGAUUUGAUGGAUAUAAUGAUCUCAUUUGCGAACUUGAUCAGAUGUUUGAGUUCAAAGGAAGCUUAAUUGAUGGGAGUAGUGGGUGGCAGGUAACAUACACUGAUAAUGAAGGGGACAUGAUGCUGAUUGGAGAUUAUCCAUGGCAGGAAUUCCAAUGCAUGGUCCGAAGGAUGUUCAUCUGCACAAAGGAAGAGAUUGGCAAGCUGAAUCCUAACUCACCGAGUGAAGUGUCGCUGUGAUAAGUCUUGCUCAAGUCACUUUGCCUUCUGUUUAGUUUUUGGGCAAUUCUAUAAAUAAAUGAGAAAGAGGUGUGUUUAAUUGUGUAUGUGUGGGAAACUGGGAAUGCAGUAGUUAUAUGUGUGAUAUGCAGCCAAUCGGAUUGCAGAAAAUAGACAUCGAAUAAUCUUGAUGAACCUUUAUGUUUCAAUGUUUAAUGUUGCUUUGUUUUA